UCGGUCUUUGAAUCUUUUGGUGUGCGGACGUUACGUAUCUUCCAUUUCUCGACGCUCGAGAUUCAAGUGCUCACAUCCGAGUUUCGUCUUUGGGUAUGUGUAUAUUGGUGCCGUUUUAUCACGCUAUCUCAGCAACAGCGAUAACAGCAGCAGCAUUGGCCACUAAUUAAAUGCUGAACUGAAGUGUCUGUGUGUCAAUUGAAUCUGUACGACUUUUGAUUGAAUUAAAUUACGAAUUACAAAAUACAAUAGCAAUCUGCAAUUAACGGUAAUUAAGCCGGACCACCGCGGUAAUUUAAACAACUUGAUCGGGUGCCAAAAGAUACUUUUUACACACACUCCGUUGGGAUAAUUAAAGGACAGUGCUUGCUUGUGUGUGUCCUUUUGGUGGAGUGAUUGUGUGUACAGUGGUUGUGGAGGAAUUUCUCAUUAAACCGGCGCUAAAAGGAUUACGAACCCGUUCAUCUCCAUCAGACUUGCAGCGGAGCAAAUAACGUUUCUUCUUCGAGUUCUUCAUCGACCGGAAACUUAACCCCGAAAACAGAUCUUGAAAUUAUGAUGUCGCAUCAACUGCAGCAGACACGUCGCCGCUUGGGAUCCGUUAGCGAUUCGGCGCCACCCUCGGAGUCCAGUGAGGGCACCGGCUCCUCCUCGGAGCCCAGGGAUGAGCUGAUCCUGCACGCCGACUGGUCGGCCCACUCGCACUCAUCGGCGCAAAGGAGCAGCGCCCAUGGAACCACAUCCCUGUACAACGCGUCGGACAUCGAUGCGGACACCAUCAGCACGGACACCACGAGCAACACAAAUCUCUCGGACUACGAGCGGGGUCAGGUGGAGAGUUUCUUCGGGGGAUUGGGCACAGAGAUAUUCGUGAGCGGCGCCUUGGCCAAUCUGUACGAGGGAACCGGAAACGAUGGCGACUGGCGUCUGGUAUUCACUGGCAUUCCGGUGAUACUCCACGACAAGGGCAACUCCAAGGCCAGGUCCAUGCCCAGAGUGACACUGGUGCUGGCGGAGAGGGGUUCCAGCUUUGCCCUAUGGUCGGAUCGCAUUGACAACCUGUCGAACUACCGGAUUGCGGGUCCCUCGUUUCACACCAUGUGCCGGUCGAGCAAUCACCAGCAGAUGAUCGGCUUCAGCUUCGAUUCGACGGAUGCGGCCCGUGAGUUGUGGCUGCAUGUGGAGCGUUUGGUCAGCGAUCCGGAGAACAUCGCCUUGACCGUGCCCGGAAAUCGGAAGCAGAAGAAACAGAAGCGCGUUAAGCCGGCCCCGUUGCCACCGAAAUCGCAGAUUUCGCAUCCGUGCCAGUUCCACCACGUGACCAGUGUGGUGAAGGAGGACAGCGAGCGGUACUACAGCAUGCAGGCCUUUGGACCCCCCAAUCCUCAGCAGCAUCGUUGAGUAGGGUCGGGCGCCUGGAUCUGGAACACGAGCGCCCUUUGGUGGCAGAACUGAGAGCCUGCCUCAAAUCAAAACCCCCAAAACAAUUCAAAAAUCCAGCAAAAUCCCCCCUCUAGUUUGUACUCAAACAUAGCUAUAGAUCCGUUUGUUAUAGGCCUAAGUUAUGCCAAUGUGUGACCCGAGCAUAGCACUCGGCAAAACACAUUUAUCUGUGAUACGAUUUAGGCGUCUUUAAUUUAGAAGAGGUAACUAAAACAAAUUUGAUAAAGAACAUUUUUAAUGGAAACAUAGUUAAUAGAGCGAGAACUUUUUCAAGUUAUACCAACAUAUUUAACGAUUAACGUUUUGUCAAUAAGCGAGUUUUUGUAAAACCUUUUCUAAUAUCACGCAUAGAACACAUAUACCCUUAUGCAUAAAUAUAUUCGUACCAUAUAGUCCUGAUAUCUAUCGAUUAAUCUGUAUGUCCACAUUUGCAGGCACUGCAAAUGCUUUUUGAUACCUAAAAGCUUGUUUUCUUAUCGGAUUAACAAACUAAACACAGACAAAGAAACAAAAACUGUUUUUGAAAUCUAUGUAUCAUAUUAUAUACAUGAAUAUAUAUGCUAUAUUAAACCUAUCUAUAUAUUAUAUGUAGCUCUAAGCAUUACAUCAUAGCCGCUUAUCUGUAUAUCUCUGAACUUCAUAUUUUGCCUGUGCAAAAAAAUCGCGAGAAUCAAAUAAAGCUGACAGAAAAAAAAGCAAA